CGCGCGGCCAUGUUGAAUUGUCGGUUUUCUGAAAGAAGAGACAAAAGACAAGUGACAACACGGUGAUUUCCUCGAAUAAAUGAAAUGCAAUAACAGAAAAGCAACCACGAAAAUAUCACAAGUAAUGGAAAAACGCGAUGGAUUUGAAUGGAUGUAACUAUUUGAAGGUAACCUGGAGUUUGCAGUAGAUUACAUCAAGUUUUCUAAGGACUUCGGCCUGCCAUCUCUUCAUCUGGUGCAGAAGUCGAAGAUCGUCGAUCCAGCGGGACAAGUUUGAAGGCAUUUUGCGCUCAUUGUUUUUCGGGCUUGAAAUUGUCCAUGUAACAAAGCUCAAGAACAAUAUUUCUACUACUGGUCCAAUUGAAUGUAAAUCACAAGAGCACUUGGACUUUUAAAGCCAAGAACAACAACAAAAAACAAUCACAAGGAAAACAAGACUGAAGAUAUGAGAUUAUAGAAAAAAAUAUUACUUGGUAAAAACUUUUGACAGAUAUAUGAUCUAUUUAUUCAUAUGAAUUCUACUUUCUCCCUUUUUUGGAGAGUUGUCUUGUAUAUAGACAAUAUUCAUUCGUUUGGCUCUUCUUUUCAAGAGAUCCGAACGUGGACACAGUACAUUCUUUAAAAAGAAAAAACGACUUCAGUUUCCUUCAUAUUUUAGAAAUAUUUUUACAAAAAAAUUACAACCAAGAUAAGAAAGAAAAAUAGCUUUACACUGUGAAAAUUGGUUUUGAAAUAGCGUAACAAUUCUUGAAGCCAUGGCAACAGCAAGAACAGCGAAUCCAUCAUCCAUGAUGGGAUUAAACAAGCCAGCAAAUGGGCAGCUAAGAGGACAGCCCAAGCCUGUUGGUCUACAUCCAUCUAUCCCGCAACUUGGUGCCCCCCAGAAAAUCGGAAGCAUUCCCCAAAGCAGUGGCGGCAUUAAAUUUGGCGAUGACUGGAAGAGGAGCUUACAUCUGCCUCCAAAAGACACCAGAGUUCGAACCUCGGAUGUGACAUCAACCAAAGGGAACGAGUUUGAGGACUACUGUCUCAAGCGGGAACUGCUGAUGGGGAUCUUUGAAAUGGGUUGGGAAAAGCCUUCUCCUAUCCAGGAGGAAAGCAUCCCCAUUGCCCUCUCAGGUAGAGACAUUCUCGCCCGCGCCAAGAACGGCACGGGGAAAAGUGGAGCCUACCUCAUCCCUCUUUUAGAGAGGAUCGACCUGAAAAAGGAUUUCAUCCAGGCUAUUGUCAUGGUACCUACCAGAGAGUUGGCUCUGCAGGUGAGCCAGAUCAGCAUCCAGGUGGCCAAACACCUUGGAGGGGUCAAAGUCAUGGCCACCACCGGAGGCACCAACCUUAGGGAUGAUAUCAUGCGUCUGGACGAGACUGUUCAUGUGGUGAUUGCCACACCAGGCAGGGUCCUGGACCUGAUCAAGAAGGGCGUGGCCAAAGUGGACCGAACUCAGAUGAUGGUGAUGGAUGAGGCAGACAAGCUGCUCUCUCAAGACUUUGUCGUCCUGAUAGAGGACAUUAUCAGCUUCCUGCCCAGGGAGAGACAAAUCCUGCUUUAUUCUGCCACAUUCCCAACAAGCGUGCAGAAAUUCAUGAACAAGCACCUGAAGAAGCCCUAUGAGAUCAACCUGAUGGAGGAGCUCACCCUGAAGGGCAUCACCCAGUACUACGCAUACGUGACGGAGAGACAGAAGGUCCACUGUCUCAACACCCUCUUCUCCAGGCUCCAGAUAAACCAGUCCAUCAUCUUCUGCAACUCCACCCAGAGGGUGGAGCUCCUGGCCAAGAAGAUCACCCAACUGGGCUACUCCUGCUUCUACAUCCACGCCAAGAUGAUGCAGGAGUACAGGAACAGAGUGUUCCACGACUUCAGAAACGGACUGUGCCGGAACCUGGUCUGCACAGAUCUGUUCACCAGGGGUAUCGACAUCCAGGCCGUGAAUGUGGUGAUCAAUUUUGAUUUCCCCAAAAAUGCUGAGACCUACCUGCAUAGGAUCGGCAGAUCAGGGCGUUUUGGUCACUUGGGGUUAGCCAUCAACCUCAUCACCUCCGAGGAUCGUUUCAACCUGAAAGGCAUUGAGGAUCAGCUGGUCACCGACAUCAAGCCCAUUCCAGGCAGCAUUGACAAAAGCCUCUACGUGGCCGAGUUCCACUCAGUCAACCCGGACGACGAUGAUGACGAUGGUGGCAUUGAGGGCAAACACAAGGGUCUUGGAGCAAUCUGAAUCAAUUGGGCAUGUGGCGUCUGGCAUUCUUCACACCUUCAGAGAAGAUUCCAUGGGAAGAUCUCCAUCCUCCGCCUCACCGUUGAAAUGGUCCAGUUUUAUUUUUAUUUUGUAAAUGUUUGUUUACAGCAAGUCAGGCUACCAAUGCAGGGUUAAAGCACACAUACACACAGUGGAUUUGUUUGGUUUUUCCACAGACAACCAUCUGUCAAUCAUCUAGACACUGCUUCUUUCACUCCCCGGUUUAUGGAUGUGAACUUUGACUUAAGUUGAACCCACCAAUUCUGUCUUGUUUCCUUUUACAGUAGUGUCAAUCCAGAGAUGUCCUAAUUUUUUUCACCAUGGUUCGAUGUAGUAACGAUGAUUCUGAAUACAAAAACAGACAUGACCUAUUCAUUCAAGGUCCUACAUCUUCCAUUUUGAUGAAAGCCCCUUUUGCAUCGUUCUGCUGGUAGAUAAACAGGAUGUGGGGGGAAACGAUGAAACCAAAGCUUAAUGCUACGUCUGAAAUUUACAGUCCAUCUAGAAUCUCUAGCGGGCCGAAGUGAAUUUCUUACCCGCCCCUGAAAUGCUGUAUUGUUAAACACUGCCGUAGUGUGAUGGGCCAAACAUGUUGACCAAUGAUUUUUUUUUUUUUUUUAAUAGUCAAGUGUUUACUAAAUAAGAAGUUGCCGCCAAUGUGUUGAACCACACACUUUGUUCAACACUGGCCCAUUAAUGAGUGAGCUUGUUUACUCUUAAGUUGUAUUAUACAUCUACCUACAAAUUGGCAGCACUUUGCAGCUUUUUUCCAUUUUUGAACAGGUGAACUGAUUGAUUAGGGGCUUUAGUCAACAUGGACAAGUUUCUCAUUUUAUUUAAAAUGAUUCAUUGGUUUUGUAUUAACACUCAAGUGCCUUAAACAGAUGGAUCCCUUUUGCAGUUUAACUUUCUGUAUUCAUAUAUACUUUUUUUUUUCAUGAAGGACUUGGUGGUCAAAAGUAAGCCUGGUGUUGUCUCACAAGGGCACAUCACUCAAAGAAUGAUGGAUGAUUCGGUUUGGCAUUGAGUCAAUCAAUCAUUUUGUCACCCUCCAAAUAUACAGGCUUUUUUCCCCAGACUGGUUUUCAGGACAUAAAUUGCACAAUAAGUCAUUCAAAUUCAGUUUCCCUCAUUCAUCGGUACGUUCUGCCAUCAUUAUUCGCCCAUUCAUUGGCUCAUUUCAAAAUAAUGGGAAACACCAGCAAUAAAGGGACCAUUGUUUUUGUGCCCCUGAAAUAUCUGUCGCUUUUAUGUGUUUUUAAUGUGUCUGUGAUUGUGUACUCAAGACUCGACUAAACUCUUGGCCAAUAUGUAAUUUUGUGUGAAGGUGGAUUCACUUAAACUUGUAAGGGGAGCAAGAGCAAAUACCACUACCUGCAUUUUGUAGCCGUGACAUCACGUUUUUUGUAAGCACAGUUGAAAUGUUGAACUCGAUGACCAAUUCUAUCUGAGCUCCGCAACUAUGGAGAUAUGGAUGCCUUUGUUAACUUCUGUUGUGACAGCUGGUGGUACGGAUGCCAAGUUUGUUUUCUGUAAAGUGAUAAUAAAUGCCAGCGCCUCAUAUUGAAUAAAAGUCCAACCUAA